AUGGCUCGGCAGUACCCCUUCACCCUGGAUCCCUUCCAGCAAACGGCAAUCAACUGCCUGGAAGCAGGACACUCUGUCCUUGUGGCUGCUCAUACCUCAGCAGGGAAGACCGUUAUCGCAGAGUAUGCCUUUGCAAUGGCACUCAGAGACAAGCAGCGUGUCAUCUACACCUCUCCGCUGAAAGCCUUGAGCAACCAAAAGUACCGGGAGCUGCAGCAAGAGUUUGGAGAUGUUGGACUGAUGACUGGAGAUGUCACCAUCAACCCAAAUGCCAGCUGCCUCGUGGUGAGGGAGGUCCAGCUCUUGGUGUACGAUGAGAUCCACUACCUGAGAGACAAGGAGCGAGGAGUUGUUUGGGAAGAAAGCAUCAUCCUGGCCCCAAGAUGUGCUCGAUUUGCCUUCCUGUCGGCUACCAUUCCCAAUGCGAGGGAGUUUGCCGAGUGGAUUGCCAAGAUACACGAGUCGCCUUGCCACGUCGUGUACACCGAGUACAGGCCCACACCCCUGGAGCACUACGUCUUUCCGGCGGGGGGCGAUGGCCUGUACAUGGUGGUCGACUCAAGGGGUAACUUCAGGGAGGAUAACUUUGGCAAAGCUGUUGCAGUCGUCAAUGACGUCACGGGCGACUCUGUUUCGGCCUCCAAGAGGCAGAAGAAGGGUGCAGGCGGAGGCGAUCCCACCCUCGUGAUAGGAGAUGGAAAGGAAAAGUCUGACGUGGCCAAGCUUGUCAAGAUGGUGAUGGAGAAAAACUUCGAUCCGAUAAUCAUUUUCAGCUUCAGCAAGAAGGAAUGUGAAAGCCUGGCCAUGCAAAUGGUUGCGAUGGACCUGAACACGGCUGAGGAGAAGCAGAUGAUCGAAGCUGUCUUCACGAGUGCCAUUGACGUCCUAUCAAUAGAGGACCAGAAACUGCCACAAAUACGUAACCUACUCCCCAUGCUCCAAAGAGGCUUUGGCGUCCACCAUUCAGGGCUGCUCCCAAUUCUAAAGGAGAUGGUCGAGAUUCUGUUCCAGGAAGGCCUGAUCAAGGCCCUCUUUGCAACCGAGACGUUUUCCACCGGGCUGAACAUGCCUGCCAAGACGGUUUGCUUCACUCACGUCCGAAAGUUCGACGGUGGCAGCUUCCGCUGGGUAUCUAGUGGAGAGUACAUCCAGAUGAGCGGCAGAGCUGGGCGGCGCGGAUUAGAUGACAAGGGUUUGGUGGUGAUGAUGCUGGACGCAAGGAUGGAGCCUAGCGUUGCCAAGCAGAUGCUGAAGGGUGCUGCUGACACGUUAUAUUCAGAGUUUCACCUCGAGUAUAAUAUGCUGCUGAACCUGAUGAGGGUGGAAGGUGUGGAGCCUGAGGAGCUUAUGCACCGCAGUUACCGGCAAUUCCAGACGGAGAGGCUGCUGCCUGCCUUGCAGCAGAAGCUCAGGCGACUAGAGGGGGAACACGAAAGCUUCAAGAUCCCGGACGAGCAUAGCAUCGAAGAGUAUCUCAUGCUCACUGAUCAAUUGGUAGCUUUUCAGCAACAGAUGCGAAGCUUGCUGUACCAGCCGAAAUACGCCCUACCAUUCUUGCAACCCGGCAGACUUGUGCAGAUAUCUUUGGCUGCGGAAGCGACCGACGAGACCGAUGGCUCAGCUGAAGGUCCCACACAUGCACCUGUUUGGGGCGCCAUCAUUAACUUCCAGAAGGCGCUGAGCAAGAGCAAGCGGGGCAAGGACGACGAGAAGCCCAGAUCAAAGGACAAGGAGUUCCUUAUAGACAUUCUGGUCAACAUCAGGAAAGUCAGCGCCCAGCAAUCUCAUCGGUAA